UACCGACGCGGCCCCCACAGAUAUGGAAUCGGUAGUCAACACCGGGAGCGACCCCCAGGAUGAGAUGCCCAGCUUGGAGGACAGCCAGGUCUUACAGAUGCUGCCCGAGCCAGGCCCGCCGCCCAGUGCCCAGUACCUGCCACAGACGCCCAGCCAAGGGGGCCCAGCCAGCACAUCGGCGGAAAUGGCGGUUGUCGGCCAGAGCAGCCUUGGUGGCUCCAGCGGUGACAAGCAACAGCAGCAGCGACAGCUCAUCGAUUGCAUGGUAUGUGGGGACAAGUCCAGCGGCAAGCACUACGGCCAGUUCACAUGCGAGGGCUGCAAGAGCUUCUUCAAGCGCAGUGUGGGGAAGAGCCCGAACUUCACAUGUCACGCCAACCAAGCCUGUCGCAUUGACCAGCACCACCGCAACCAGUGCCAGUACUGCCGCUUCAAAAAGUGCAUCGACGUGGGUAUGAAAAGAGAAGCAGUGAACAAGAACAAGAUACCGCCCGCCCAGCCAAGCCAUGGGCAGUUAGUGCUGACCAACCAGGAAUCCCUCAUCUCCCACGCCAACCUGUCUGGAUAUAUUUCUCUGCUGCUCCAUGCCGAGCCCUAUACCCUGUUCGGGUCCGGCAGCCAGUGCGUGCAGCCCAACAAUGUCUCGACCCCUGAGAACAUUUUCGAACAGGCUGCCCGGGUGCUCUUCGGCAUCAUUGAAUGGGCCCGGAAGAUACCCUUCUUCCCUGAUCUGUCCAUCGAUGACCAAGUGGCCCUGCUUCGCCUCGCCUGGUGUGACCUGUUCAUGCUGAACUGGGCACAGUGCUCCAUGCCCCUCCAUAUCAUCCCAUACCUGGCCGCCACCAGCUUACACACCUCGCCGGCAUCCUCCAGCCAGGGGGCCAUCUUUAUGGACCAGGUACAGAUUUUCCAAAAGCAAAUGGAGAAGUUCAAAGCUCUGCACGUCGACCCUGCUGAGUACAGCUGCCUCAAAGCCCUGGUCCUGUUCACUUCAGAUGCCGCUGGUCUCUCAGAUGUAGCCAAUGUGGAAAACUUGCAGGAAAAGUACCAGUGUGCUUUGGAACAGUACGUUAGGAGCCAGUACCCCAACCAACCAAUGCGAUUUGGAAAGCUUUUGCUUUGCCUCCCUUCUCUCCGCACAGUCUCCUCCUCAGUGAUAGAGCAAUUAUUUUUCGUCCGUUUGGUGGGUAAAACCUCCAUCAAAACCCUCAUCCGGGAUAUGUUACUGUCAGGUAGCAGUGGUAACUAGCUGUAUAUGGCAAUUCAAAAAAUAAAUCAAAAUAAGAAGGGGCACUGAAACAGAGAGAGAGAAAAGGCUAAAGACUGGCUUGUUUGCUUAAAAUUCCUUCUGUUAGAGGAUAGAUGUUACAAGUUUGCUCAAAGAAGAGAGGGAAAGAAUUUAAUGGACUGUGAGUUUAAAAAAAAAAAAAAGACUGUUUACAGAAUACCAAAAAAAAAAAAAAAAACCCACAAAAACAAAAACCCAAAAAAACUCCUGUGUGGGUCAGAACAGCCUGCUACUUAUUUUUGUAUAAAAAGGACAUUAGCCUUUCUUUUUUUUUUUUUUUUUUUUUGGUUAACUUUUGAAAAAUAUUGCUAAAUGGAUUUAAGGAGAUUGGAAGAAAACUAGCAGAAUGGAGAAAGUAAGUCUUUUUGUUUUUCCAAACUAUUAAUUGGCCUUUGUCUAUGUACCUCUGGCUGUUCUUUUCUCUGCUGUUCUAGUUCCAAACCAGUUUAUUCUGUGGUUCUAUAGUAAGUUUUGGUAUAAUCUUGGUAUUUUAAAUGCU